GCUUCAGCAGCAGAAAUGAGCCACGCAGGAGGAAACUCACUUCAGUCUGAUGUUCUCACAGUCAGCCACCAGACCACAUGGAGGUCAGAGCUCUCUGCAUCACUCUGAUGAUGAUCUUGCUGCCGUUUGGUCAUAAAGUUGAUGCAGCUUCUCUUCAUAUCAAACCAAACAGACUGCAGUUCUUUGAGUACGAGUCGAUAACUUUCUACUGCCAGGUGGACUCUUAUGAAGACAUUACAUUUCAGCUGAAGGGGAAAACGCCUUCAUGUGGCAGCACAACUCAGAGAAACCAAACAGAAUCAUCCUGUCACCUGAACAAUGCCUAUGCUAGCGACAGUGGAGAGUACUGGUGUGAGGCUGGAGGGAAGAGAAGCAACAGCAUCAACGUCAUCAUAAAAGGACGAUGGAACGUCUCUGUGGUCCUGGAGAGUCCUGCUCUUCCAGUGAUGGAGGGAGAAGCUGUGACUCUGAGAUGCAGAAACAAGGUGAACUCCAGCUUGGCGGCUGAUUUCUACAAAGACGGACUCCAUGUCAGCAGCAGCUCCUCAGGAAAGAUGGACAUCCACAGAGUUUCCAAGUCUGAUGAAGGACUCUACAAAUGCAGCAUCUCAGGAGGUGUAGAAUCAGCAGAGAGUCGGCUGACUGUCAGAGCUCACACACAACAAGAAGAUCACAACGAUCCAACUCCUCCCUCCUCCAGUGCCACACCAUGGAUCAUCAUCACUGUUUUAUUGAUAAUUCUGUUGGUGGUCGGGGGGCUGCAUCACUUUGCCAAAGAUUACUGGGACAGAGUUUUGCUCUAUAUGUCAACAAUAGCAGCUCGUUUACGCCCUGCAGACGAACAACCAGUGUCAGAAGACCCUGCAGCUGCUGAGCCCACAGCACAGUAUGCUACAGUGACAAGAAACAGGAAGAAGAAAGAUGAAGCAGCAUCUUCUUCUAGACAGAUUUACUACACUUUAGGCCUGGCUGACACUCAGCUACAAGGACCGGAAACAUCCAGUGUUAUGAUCAGAUCGACUCCCUCAUCAGGUACCGUCCAGGUUCCAUCAGAGGAUUCCUUCUAUUCUACAAUACGUUGAGUUUCUGAGCUGAUGAGGAGCUUCGUUUGCAGCCGGCAUGAGGGAAACCAAAGGGAGUAGCACAGAAAAAGUUUGUGCACACGUGUUUACUGCAAUAAAACUGCCUUAGAACCAAAAAUAGCAAUGCGUGAAUCAUUUAAAGCUCACGUGUUGCUUUGUUACAUCGAUGAGAAUGUCUUGGUGUGAGAGUUGUUUUUUUAGCUAUUGAACAGUAAAACCACAUUGUUCCAUCUGCUACGUGAGAAAAGAGCUGCUGCUGCUUUUAAAUGCGUCAACUGCUGAGCUAAAGCUGUCGCUUCACGUUUCGUGUGAAGCAGAUGCACUGAGUCUGUGGUCAGAAGUGAAAUAUUUAACACCGAACACGGGGCUGUAAAGGUGUGGUAGCUUCAGCAGCAAUGUGAGGGCGACAGCUAAUGAAAAGGGAGUUUUUCCUCUUCUGAUUAAAUGGAAUAAUUGGGUUUCUCUCUAUAGUAUAAUUCUGUAAACUCUCUGCUUUAUGAGGCGAGGUGCCCUGAGAUGAUGUGAAUUGGUGCCGUUUAAAUAAAAAGCCAAAUGUCAUGAAGGCAAAAAAAAACAACACUUUCAGUUAGUCUCAGUGUUGCUACAAGAGAAAUGUGUUUUUAUUCUUAAUCCUUUCAUAAUAGAAAGGAAAAAAAUUGCAGCCAAAGAAUGAAGACACGCAAAACUGCUGUUGAAGUUUACUAUUCAAUGUUGUAACAGCAAACAGUCUUGGUGAUUAUACACAACAUCUGUAUUUUGGAAAGUUUACGUCAUUAUUUCUACCAAAUACACUUUUCAAAUGCUGCAGAUGUAUUUGGUGCAAAUUUGGUGCAAAUGUCAUCAGGAGACAGAUUUUAACCAUAAAUUCAAAGCAAAAUCAGAAAGGAAAUAGUGCUUUAUGUCUGUUUUGUGUCUGUUGCAUUUCUUUCUUUUUUCCACAAGGAGGCAGCAGACAGCAACAGGUGAAACUGAAUGCAGCUGGUAACAUACUGUGUAAAUACAUGGAUUUUUAAAUGAAAAAAUAUUCCUGAAUAUAAUGAAAUGACCUUUAAAUCACUUAUCUAGCCGAUAAAAGUUGGUUUAAACCUGAAUUUUGAUGAAAACAAUGCACUCAUGGGGUUUUGUUUAGGUUAUUUUGCAUUGAUUUUAGUGUUUUUUAAGGAGUUGCAGGCUAUAAAAUAUCACAUGAAGACUUUGUUUUCUCAACUGUACUCUUUUUAUCAGUGGCUCUGAAGGUUGCUUUAAUGUGCAGAUGGAUUAGUUUUCUAUUUCACGAGUCACGUCUCUUCUUUUCAGCUGAAUUGCUCUUGAAGUGUUUA